AUCCACUUCCGUUUUCCUGCGCAUUCAUUUCCGCUCACUGUCCCCACGCUGUAGCGUUUAUCGAGCGACAUUCAGUGGGCACAAUAUUGUAAGGAAAUUAGCGAAUCCUUGAGCAAAAUGAGGCCUUUAACAGACGACGAGACAAAAACGAUGUUUGAGAAACUCUCCAAAUACAUUGGUGAGAACAUCAAACACCUGGUGGAUCGACCCGAUGGGACAUAUUGCUUCAGACUUCACAAUGACCGUGUAUAUUACAUCAGUGAGACAAUUCUGAAGUUGGCUACCAACAUCUCCCGUGAUAAGUUGGUGUCGGUGGGCACCUGCUUUGGGAAGUUCACCAAGACCAUUAAGUUCCGCCUGCACAUCACAGCAUUGGACUUUCUGGCACCAUAUGCCAAGGGCUUUGGAGUGGCAGCCAAGUCCACCCAGGAGUGCAGGAGAGUGGACCCCAUGUCCAUCGUUGUGUUCCACCAGGCAGACAUCGGAGAGUUCAUCAGGUCUGAGGACACGCUCACAUAAGGAGUCACAAACUGGACUAUCAAUUAUAUACAGUGGUACUUCCUCUCCUCGGGGACCACCCUACAAACUGGACUAUCAAUUAUAUACAGUGGUACUUCCUCUCCUCGGGGACCACCCUACAAACUGGACUAUCAAUUAUAUACAGUAGUACUUCCUCUCC